CAGGCUCCUUCACAAUCAAACACAGAGACGACGAUCAUUUACGAAAGUAAGAAGCAAAAACGACACUUUUUUGAGGAGAGUAAAGGGAGAAAGUAAACAAUCCAACACUUGUCUUUUAAUUUAUAAUGUCAUAGAAGUUUAGUUUUUGUGGUUAGUUGUGUUUCUGACCAUGCAUUUGUAGCUGCGUUCAUGGUAAGUCAUAGUUGAACUUUGCCACAGUUUUUUUUGACUGCUCGAAGGAUCAGAGUUGCUGACAAGGACAGCCGUACUCCUAUCACCUCAAGAUGUCCAGUUCCAAGAAAGUCAUUGAGCUCUUCUAUGAUGUGGUGUCUCCAUAUUCCUGGCUAGGAUUCGAGGUCAUGUGUCGCUAUCGAAAUGUUUGGAACAUCGAGCUCAAAUUACGUCCUGCGUUUUUGGGAGGUGUCAUGCAAGAGUCAGGCAAUAAGCCUCCGGGUAUGGUACCCAACAAGUUUAAAUACAUGACCAGUGAUCUUCAACGUCUUUCCAAGUAUUUUGAUGUCCCCAUAAGCUCCCCUGCUGACCCCUUUGAGGUCAUGUUCCAAAAAGGUUCGUUGCGUGCCAUGCGGUUUGUGGCGGCUGUGCAGGAGAGGGAGUGUGGGGGAGACAAGCAGGUGGAAAAGGUGUCCCGCGAACUGUGGAGGAGAAUCUGGUGUGAGGAUAAAGACAUUACCCUGCCUGCAUCUUUGUCUGAGGCAGCCACGAAGGCAGGAAUUUCAGCCAGUGAGAUUGAAGAGCUGCUGAAACUAUCUCAAUCUCAGCAAAUCAAAGACAAGCUGAAAAGCUCCACAGAGGAUGCACUGGAAUACGGGGCUUUUGGUUUCCCCAUGGUAGUGUGUCAUGUAAAUGGCAAAGCAGAGGCCUUUUUCGGUUCAGACAGAUUUGAGCUCAUGGCCCAUUGCAUUGGAGAGAAGUGGGAGGGGCCACAGCCUUCUAAAGCUACUGCCAAACUGUGAGGUCACAUGACACCUUCUGAACAUUUUCUCCAACAGACGUCCACACACUUGAGAUAUGUAGGCUGGAUCAUUGUGUCGGCCGGCCGUAAGCAAUAAAGCUUUCUGAAACUUG